AGCAUACACCCUCGUGGUAGGCAGCCUGCUUUCGCACCAAAACUCUCAAAUAUGGUACCUAUUUGGACACCUAAUUUGACCGAGUUUUAGUAUAAGCAUAGAUCCUUGGUUAGGUUGUAAAAUUCAUUGUAUCAUUGUGAGUUUGUGACUGUGUUUCCUUGUACAUCUUGAUGUGUUUUGACCAAAAACUGAGUUGGCCAACAGUAUAAGCUCAACUUAUAAGAUCGAAGUGGUGAACAGUAACACAUUUGUUAACCAACCCAUUCCUCGUAAUCAUCGAAAGAAUCACUGCUACUCUACAUUCUCCAUUGAAAUACACUCAACUUUGUAUCCUCCAUUGAAGCAGCUUCCCAGUGUUGCAGAACUCAUUGAUGUUGUGAUGGAACUUGAAAUUAUACAUUUCCUCCCUGGGUCAAGGGCGGCCGCCCCUCGUGCCCUGGCUCAGGGACGGGCCUGUUACAAACCAUUUAACAUAAGGUGCAAAAUCACCUCAAAGCUGAGUUCUUCAAGAACCACGAUAAGUGCUGACUUGCCUGAAUCUGAGGAGACGGCGAAGUUGAAAUCGAAUCCCUAUCCCGGAGGAAUGGGACCCCACACGGGGAGAGACCCAAAUGUAUCGAAACCGAAUUGGUUGAGGCAGAAAGCUCCCCAAGGGAAGAAAUUUGAGGAGGUGAAAGAGUCACUUUCUCGCUUGAAUCUCCACACUGUUUGUGAGGAAGCCCAGUGCCCCAACAUUGGAGAGUGUUGGAAUGGGGGUGGGGAUGGAAUUGCAACUGCCACGAUAAUGGUUCUUGGUGAUACGUGUACUCGUGGUUGCAGAUUUUGUGCUGUUAAAACGAGCAAAAACCCUGCACCACCUGAUCCAAUGGAACCAGAGAAUACUGCUACUGCUGUUGUAAGUUGGGGUGUUGAUUACAUCGUUCUAACAAGUGUUGAUCGUGAUGAUUUGCUUGAUGGUGGAAGUGGCCAUUUUGCUCAAACAGUCAAAGCCAUGAAGAAACUCAAGCCUGAAAUCAUGGUUGAAUGUUUAACUUCUGAUUUUAGGGGAGACUUGAAGGCUGUAGAUACUCUGGUGCACUCGGGAUUAGAUGUUUUUGCUCACAACAUUGAAACUGUCAAGCGGCUUCAGAGAAUAGUUAGAGAUCCUCGGGCAGGGUAUGAACAGAGCAUGUCAGUGCUCAAGCAUGCAAAAAUUAGCAAGGAUGGGAUGAUCACAAAAACUUCAAUCAUGCUAGGGCUUGGGGAAACAGAUGAUGAAUUGAAGGAAGCCAUGGCUGAUCUUCGAGCCAUUGAUGUAGACAUUCUGACACUUGGACAAUAUUUACAACCAACACCAUUGCACCUCACCGUUAAAGAGUAUGUUACUCCUGAGAAAUUUGCUUUUUGGAAAGAGUAUGGAGAAGCUUUAGGUUUUCGCUAUGUUGCUAGUGGCCCACUCGUACGCUCAUCAUAUCGAGCAGGAGAGCUCUUUGUGCAGACCAUGGUGAAGGAAAGAGCUAAAGACUCAUUGAGCAAAAAGUUCUAGCUCUAUGUUCAACUUAGGAAUCACACAUAGGCCAAAACAAGCUAGUAGAUUUUUUUUAUGAAUGUUUUAUACAGCGAUAGCAGAUGUGAAGCACUAGUUCACUAUGCAUCAAAUUUAUUGAACUCAUUCAAUUUAGUAAUAUAUAUCUAUUCUUUUGCUGA